AUGACGAAAGCCAACGGGGCUGAGCAGUUGGCAGACUGGAAGUUCCAGUACGACCUUUUAACCAAUGAACUGUUCCAUCUGCACGAAUUCACAUCUUUGCUGGAGUUUGAUCCGGCGUUCCGACACGAGUCGGACUCGUUUGCUCGGUUUCUGGCCGACAAGCAUCUAGAGCUGCGUAUGGAAGAGGACGCCGGCGCGCCUGGGCUGGAGGAGAGCAGCGCAAUGCGACGAAUCAGGCGGCGUCAGAAGCGUGGGCGCGGCGAGGAAGAAGGGAAUGCUCUGCUGAAGGGCGUUGAGGAACUGGUGGAGCAGAAGUACGCCGAUCUGCGCGCGCGGCUGGACCGGCCUAUGUUGAAGCAGGGACCACGCAAGAGAAAACAGCCUGGUGAUGCGGCCAAGACUGCACUGCCACAUGAUUCCAAGAAGCGGAAGUCGGCCGUGGUGCGCAAGGAGACGAACGACGAAGAACAUCUGAAGGAAGAGAAGAGUGCAUCGCCCACUGUGUGGAGCCCUGAGUCGCCACAACGGGAUACCUACCGCACUAUUCAUCCUUCAGGUGAUCAUGAAGGGUACCAGAGCUCUAGUUCUGACAGUUUCUACUUCACGACAUCCUCAGAGGAUGAGGAGCCCACGGUCAAACGUUCUUUGAAGAGAAAGAAAGCACCGGUACGGAGGAUAAAACUGAUCGUUCACCCACCGAAACAAACUGUAACAAAUCCUUUGCAUAUUUUGAAACCAGAAUGCUCCUCUCUUCAUGAAUUCCUUCAGUCAUAUAAAUCACUGGAUGAAGACAUUUCUAUUGAAGAGUUUGAUUCAUACAUUGCAUCCCAACGGAAAGUGGUCUCUGCAAUAAGGAAGGGCCUAAAAAGUGGUGUGUUAACUUACGACCGUCACACGGAUAGCAUACAAGGUAUCAGUUUGAAAGAUGUACAGAAUAGCCAGGCUAAUAAGCCCGAACCUAUAACAACAUUUUACCAGGAGCAGGAGAAGCACACUCUGCGCGAUCAUUUAAACAAUCAUGGUGUUGUUAUGAGUCGAAUGUUCCAGGAUCGGAAGAGGGGGCGUAUAGCCAGGGCGCGCAAGAUUUCUCAGAUGAUCGAACAACACUUCAAGCAUGUUGCAGGUGCUGAGGAGAGAAAGACCAAGGAAGAAGAGAAAAGACGGCGUGCGCUGGCCAGAGCUGCCGUACAGGCAGUCAAGAAGAGGUGGAAUUUAGCAGAGAGAGCUUACAAGGUGUUGAAGAAGGAUGAAGAAGAUCAAUUGAAGAGGAUUCAAGGCAAGGAACACUUAAGUAAAAUGCUAGAGCAAAGUACCCAGUUGCUUGGUGCACAACUAAAUCAAAACGAUGACAGCGACGAUGAAACAUCGAGCCAGGUAUUAUCGGAGAAUGAAUCCUCUCUUGGUGACGAAGAGAUGAGCUCAUCUAGCGAGCUUGAUGAUAGCGAAGUAGAAGCAGGUGAAGACGAUUCAAAGCUUACUGUGGAGCAGCUUCGGGCUAAAUACUCCGCACUUGAACAUAUAACCAUUGAUGGCAGAUCUCAAAAUAGUGAAGUUUCCUCCAUGACCGAAAAUCCUGAAGAGGAUCCUCAGGAAUAUAAAAUAUUAUUAAGUGAGCGCGAGAAAGCUGAACUUCAUCGUACAUUUGAAACAGAAGAAAAUAAUAUCCUCGACGAAGAUCAUUCCAGUUCGUCAUCAUUUUCAGAGUCGGAAAUCUCGCAGACGUCUUCAUCUGAAAAUGAGUCUCUGAUCAACAGCAAUAGUUCGCAAACUCCUGGUUUGGCUUCCUUGUUUGGGAAUGUUGCUGAGGAGCUCUCUGAUGAUGCACACUAUUCUACAGAAGAGUCUUUAUCAUCUACACCGAAUGAAGAUCAAGAAGGAGUACAACCUAAUGCAGAUGCAGUGUCAAAUAUGGAGAUUGAUUCGUUAGAAAUGCAGGAUAAAGAUGAAUCCACUAAUCUAGAGAAGUUAUCUGUUGUGGAUGUCCCAGUUCCUCCCCUUCUGAGAGGAACUCUGAGGACUUAUCAGAAACAGGGUUUGAAUUGGUUGGCUUCUCUAUAUAACAACAAUACCAAUGGCAUUUUGGCUGAUGAAAUGGGUCUCGGUAAAACAAUUCAGACGAUAGCACUCUUAGCAUACCUUGCUUGUGAGAAAGAAAAUUGGGGGCCGCACCUGAUUAUCGUCCCCACAUCCGUCCUUUUAAACUGGGAGAUGGAAUUUAAGAGAUUUGCACCUGGUUUCAAAGUACUCUCGUAUUAUGGUUCACCGCAGCAACGUAAAGAGAAAAGGAGGGGAUGGAACAAACUGGAUGCCUUUCAUGUUUGUAUUACUUCAUAUCAGCUGGUGGUGCAUGACCAACACUCCUUCAAAAGGAAGAAAUGGCAGUAUAUGAUCUUAGAUGAAGCUCAUAAUAUCAAAAACUUUAAAUCGACCCGUUGGCAAGCUCUACUAAACUUCAAUACAAGGCGUAGGCUUCUAUUAACAGGUACCCCUUUGCAGAAUAACAUUGCAGAAUUAUGGUCUCUUUUAUACUUCCUAAUGCCUCAAACUGCUUUAGAGAAUGGUAAGAUUUCAGGUUUUGCUGACCUGGAUGCCUUUCAGCAAUGGUUUGGAAAACCUGUUGAUAAGAUUAUUGCAGCGAACGACUCAGAGCACGACGACGAAACCAGGAGGACCGUAUCAAAAUUACACCAGGUCUUGCGGCCAUAUCUUCUUAGAAGACUAAAGGCAGAUGUCGAAAAGCAGAUGCCCGCCAAGUAUGAACAUAUUUUGUAUUGCCGGCUAUCAAAGAGGCAAAGGUUUCUGUAUGACGAUUUCAUGUCUCGGGCUCAGACAAAAGCUACUCUGGCCAGCGGUAACUUCAUGUCUAUCAUUAACUGUCUCAUGCAAUUGCGAAAAGUCUGUAAUCAUCCAGACUUGUUUGAGGUGAGACCGAUUUUAACGUCCUUCUGUAUGGACCGGAGCGUCAUGUCAAACUACGCCCACCUUAACCAACUAGUAUUGAAAAACCUCAAUAAACAUGCCUUGGACACAGUGGUCAAUUUGCAGUGCACGAACCUAGCGUUUACGCAAAAUGAUUUUAAUAUGGAAACACACUAUGCAGAUAGCUGUGCAAGGCUCCAGUGCGUGCGCCAGUUCUCAGAAGCAGUGGAAAAACUAAGAAAAGAUGCAAGUUUGCCUGAUGCGAAAGAUGAUCCUAAUGUACUGAAUUACCAAGAUAUGCAUGAAUUUUAUACUGGUUAUACUGUUCGGAAGCGUCUCAGACUAAUUGAUCAGUAUCGCCAUACUUUCUACUUGAACUCGCUUCGUUGCGAGAAACGACCUGUUUAUGGGAUAAACUUAGUAAGGCUUGUAUCGGUACAUCACAGGCCACCAUUGGAAUGUAACGUGAUGUCUGAACUAAUGAAGCCCUUAGAGACGAGGUUGGUCACACAUAAACGCAUUAUUGAUGAGUUUGCAAUUAUUACGCCCACAGCGAUUACAUUAGACACUAGAGUAUUGUCAUUGGGUCUGGACAGCGAAGCUGCAGUGCAUCCAGUUAUCAAAUCAGACAUUAAUACUCAAUUAUCUCGCAUGAAAAACCCAUUCCACUUGUUGCAAACCAAAUUGUCAAUUGCAUUUCCCGACAAAUCUCUACUUCAGUAUGAUUGUGGUAAAUUACAGAGUUUAGCCGUUUUAUUACGACGGUUGAAAGAGGAAGGGCAUAGAGCGCUGAUCUUCACCCAGAUGACCAAGGUGCUCGAUAUCCUGGAGCAGUUUCUCAAUUACCAUGGCUAUCUCUAUAUGCGACUGGAUGGUGCAACAAAGAUCGAAGACCGUCAGAUCCUAACAGAAAGGUUUAACACAGAUCCUCGUAUCACUGUUUUCAUUCUGUCGAGUAGGUCGGGUGGUCUGGGUAUCAACCUAACCGGCGCAGACACGGUUAUCUUCUAUGACUCUGACUGGAACCCUGCAAUGGACAAGCAAUGCCAAGACCGUUGUCACAGAAUCGGGCAGACCCGAGACGUGCAUAUAUACCGCUUUGUUAGCGAGCAUACCAUUGAAAGCAAUAUUCUCAAGAAGGCGAACCAGAAAAGACAGCUUGACAAUAUUGUCAUCCAGAAAGGCGAGUUCACCACCGACUACUUCAGCAGACUUUCCGUCAAGGAUCUUCUCGGGUCUGACGAGACAGAAGAGAUUGCAGACGAACGCCCUCUUCUUGAGGAUCCGGCCACCACGGCAGACUCCAAGAAACUUGAAAGACUACUUGCACAGGCAGAAGACGAAGACGAUGUCAAAGCAGCGCGCUUGGCAAUGAAAGAAGUGGAUGUCGACGAUAGAGACUUCCGCGAAAGCAGUACCUGUGCAAACCCUUCCCCUGACGAAGAUGUUGAUGAAGAGCCUGUCGAGGACGAGUACGAAGGCACUCGUCAUGUCGAAGAAUACAUGAUUCGUUUCAUUGCAAACGGCUACCUCUACGACUAA